UCACCUCUUCUUUCUAAAGCAUUUCACAUCAGAAUGACCCUGAUUUGUCAGGUCAAAGAAGACAGAUUAGAAACGGACAUGAACUACCUUCCUCUAAAACGACAGCUAUUUGAAAGAAGGCAACAGCCAGCAACAGACAUUUCUGGAUAACCAUCUACUGUUAGGAGAAGCACAAUCUGCGAAGCGUAACAGACAAUACGUCACUGCCCACACAGAUACUGUGGAAACUGAGAGCAAAAGUAAUUCAGUAUUCGUGAGACUUGGCAUAUGGUCAGAGAGGUGCUCUUUCUAUGAAUCAAAAGCGCUGUAUGGAUUAUCUGAAUAACUAAAUUUGAUAUCUGUGUUAAGAGCUGAGGAGGGAGGAAGUUUAAAAUGAAUACAAGACUAGUGUGCUACUUCAUUUUAAUGAUUUCUGUCCAUUGGCAUCAUGGCGUAGCAACACACACAUCAUUCCUUCUAGGAGACACAAAUUCAAAAUCCAGAUGUUGUAGAGGCGAUCACUAUGAAGGACUUAGUCACUUUCAUCAACAAACUGACAGCAAUCAACGACCUGACCACAAUCCCUCCUUCACUAAACACAGGCAUGAAUAUCAUACUCACCCCACACACCAUCAUCAAUAUUAUGAUGAUGAUUAUUAUUAUAGGCCAAACAAACAUAACUAUUUUGAUUACAGAUCACCACCAACAAAGUACUCAUAUCACAAAGAAUAUUACACAAGAAAAUAUAACAAUCCCCCUUACCAGGAAAUAAAAUACAUGCAAAAAAGAAAAGGGUUUAUUUUCCCAGAUACACAUAGCAACGGUAAUGAUGGAAGAGGAGGAUACAGACCACAUAUUCCUAAUUCAUACUUCCAAGAUCACAGAUAUCAUGAGAAUAAGAAUGACUUCAGUAAUUUCAGGAACAAUAAUGAUCAUCGAGGCUUCCAUGACCAACCAUAUGACAAGCACAGACAGAAAUACAGACCUGGACUGUUGGGCGUUUCACUAGGUAGAAUAGGAGCAGUGGUCGUUACAGGUCCUGACGGAUAUAAACAUGUUAUUCAUAAUCUCCCACCGUGGACAGAUACCACACCUGACAGAGAGCAUUAUCAAUGGUCUGUUCCAGGAAAUAUGGAUGCUCAAGGUGGCUUAGAACGCCCUGGUAGCCACAGCUUUUCAACAGGUUUGCACAAAAGCCCACAAGUGUAUGAUCACCAGAAUAAUCGCCAUCAAACAUACAAAAAGAUACCAAUAUAUUUUGAAAGUAGCGACAAGAAAAAUCAUCCACAAUUUUUAACAGUGUAUAAAGAGUCACCGAAGUCUCAUCUUACAAAACCUCCAGAGGAUACUCCCAACAGUCAACAUGGAACAGAUGAGAGAUUGGAACAAAAUUAUACAACACCUCCAAAACAAGACAAAUUCCAUCCAUCACUACCAUUUUAUAAAUAUUCUGAAGCUGAUCCUUUGUAUCAUCCUAACAGAUCACCUCUGCAAACAUAUUCACCUACUGAAGUAACUCAACCCCUUACCACACUACCAUCAAAUACUUCAACCAUUUCUAAACCACAUCAAUCUGAAAAACCUUUAAAAUACCCAGAUUCCAUCAAUGUACAGCUACCACCACCAGCUCCUGACAGCAACACAAGAGUACCUUACGUGGCAGCCACAGAAGUGACAGAGCGAAUACCAAACCAGCAUCUAACUGUUGCAACUCAGGCAUCUGAAGCAACUCAUGAGAAAUCUUUGAUACAAAUAUUACCAACAAAACCAUCUGUAUCCAGUCCCACAGAAAGUGAGAUUCCAUCUUCUACACUACAGACACAGACAACUACUGUCGAAGAAAACAUGACCUUCUCACCAACUUCAUUAAUUCAAGAUACAUCAAUGCAUCCAGGGCCUGCUGACAACAGCAUAAAAACUGAACAUUUUUUACCAACAAUAAUUACAGAAAAGUCUGACAUUACUCCACACCAAUCUACAGAACAAAGUAACAGCAUAACCAUAUUGCCCACUUCUGCCCAGGAAUUUUUAAAUGCCACACACAAAUCAGACACUACAGAAACAUCAGUCACCAAUAACACAAAUAAUACUGAAAAUAAAAUCUACACUGCUGCUCUUUACGUAACUGCUGUGACUCCUCCACAAAGUUCAAAUAAUCCAGACAGGUCAACAGUAGUUUCUGACUCAGGUAUCACAAACACUGAAACGACCACAGAAAUAAACACAGUGACAAACGCUGCUGGUACAGAAACCAUAUACAAUUCAACAAAAACAGAAGUAAAAGAAAACUCAAAUAUCACUGAAACUAUAAAAUCUGAAAAUGAAGAAAUGCAACCUACAGUUGAAACAGACAAAACAGAAGUCACAAAAACUGGGAUGAUGGAAACCUCGCUAAAUGAAUCAAACCUUCACAUAGAAAGUAUUGCAACAAAACCUGAACCACUAAUGAUCAACCAACUUCAGACUCUGGUGAGUCAUGCUCAAUCCCUUAAUUAUUUGCAUCAUAAUUCUAAUACAACUGCUGUACCUACAGAUGAAAGUGACCGGUAAUGAUUUGGAACAUGUGUACGUCAAAUAUCUUAAAAAUGAAGCUAAAUGUCAAGCAGAAACAUAUGCCAACUCAAGAUCAUAGGUAGCCUUUAGUAUGUUCUCACUCAUUCUUAAUUCUACGAGAUAAUGCACCUCUUGGGUGGUGGAUCAGACAACUAAUAAGACUCUACCAUCAAAAGACAUGCAGUAAAACCAAAGUAUCUUCACCCUGAACAUAAUUUAAACCAACACUGACAGAACAUCCCUUAUGCGUUGCAUUUAGACCGACAAGUUUGGUUAUUUGGCUCCAGGUAUUUUCAUACAAGAUUAAAGAAAACGGUGAGACAAAGAGGUGACGGUAAAAAAUGGGGCAAAAUUCAAUCAUGAAUAAAUGGAACCAUAAUCUGAACUUUUUAAGACGGAGUUUACAACGCUAUUUUGUGUUCCUAAUAGAUUAAUUACAUGUUUCCUUUAUAACUCCAAUAAUCUCUUCCCUCUUAUCUUACAACUUUGUAAGCACAUUGUGUCAUAUACAGCACUUUCAAUUUUGAAUUCAAUAUGAAUUCUGAAUAUAAAUCACAGAAUUAUAAAUGGACUGACAUACGUAAGGAUUAAGACAGCUGUAUGUCCAUUAUUUUCUGGAAAGGUUUCUAAAGAAUUCUGUGAACCUCUGUUUAUAAAUACUGUACAGCAAUGGAAUAUAUUUGUGGAACCGAAUGAAACAGAUGUGUCAAAACAGGCGGAAAAGACACGUAAUAAAAUCAAGUCUUGGAAUUUA